AGAUGUCGCUAUUAGUAACGUUGCUAUGCGCCCCAGGCAGUGGUUGUGAGCAGCGAGCACAGUCACACUGCCAUGAUGAGGCAUCACUAGGGAAACAGUGAACCGGUGCCACUGCGCAUGUCCGUUGCCAGGUUUAGUUCUGACUACAUCUCCCGGUCCCCCUUGCGCUGGCAGCAGACUCCAUCUUGCUUGGGAGUCGGAGGAAGGGAAGCGACACUAGCCGGCUAGCGGUACCAGAUGGGUGGGGACCUGUGAUGCUGUGCGUGAUGACAGCUCUGCAGGCAGAGGCAGGAGAAGAAGGACGGAACCUUCUAUGCGGGUAUUUGGCUGAGGGCGUUCGGGCAGCAAUAGAGCGGGAAUAGCAGCAGCUGUAGAGCCACGUCAGUGACAGCUUCAUGUAACCUGGCUGCGGUGCCCCCAUUCAUUAUACAUGGAGUCGGCUGCUCUGGCAACUCUGCUGGCUGCGCACGCUCAGUAGCACACGCUGGAGGAGACAGUCGGUGAAUGAGUUGAGUGAGCUGACAAUGAAGGAAUCGUGCCGGAUCUGCGGCCGGGAGCUGUGCGGGAAUCAGCGCCGCUGGAUCUUUCACACCGCCUCGAAGCUGAACCUGCAGGUGCUGUUGUCUCACGUCUUAGGUAGGGACGUGUCACGUGAUGGCAAAGCGGAGUUCGCGUGCAGCAAGUGCGCCUUUAUGCUGGAGCGGAUGUGCCGCUUUGAUACGGUCAUCGCCCGCAUCGAGGCUUUAUCCAUCGAGCGCCUGCAGAAGCUCAUUUCCGAGAAGGAGCGGCUCAAACACUGCCUGGCCGGCCUGUACAGGAGGAAUAACAGCGAGGAGGAUGGGCCGGACAGCAAAUCAUCUGGAGAGACCGGCACAGUGGACAUAUCGGAGCUGCCAGAUGUGCGCUACUCGGCUCUUCUCCAGGACGACUUCGCCUACUCUGGCUCCGAGUACUGGGCAGACCUGGAGGAACAGGAGCCGCAGCAUUGUCCUCACACUGACACCGGUGGGCUACGACCGAGGCGAUGCCGCUGCUGCUCCGGCCUGAGGGUGGCGGAUUCGGAUUAUGAAGCUGUAUGUAAAGUUCCAAGGAAAGUAGCGCGGGGCUCCUCCUGUGGCCCUUCAACCAAGGGCUCUGCUGCCAGCGUGUGUACUGAGGAGACCAUGGCCACCCAGCCUCUGCUGCCCCCUCAGUCUCUGACCCCUCAGUCUCCGACCCCUGAGUCGCUGACCCUUGUCAAGGCACCACAUGAUGCAGAAGGGCCCAACAGAAUGUCCUCUGGUUCCUCUGCCGAAUCUCUUACUACUCACAUGGAUUCUGCUACUACUACUGCUACUACUACUAUUACUUCUGCUUCUCCUCUGCCCCACAAAGAGGAGGAACCAGACAAGCCUGCUGGAGAUGAUGCUAAAUGUGACUGCUGCUCCAUUCAUGAUCUUGCCCAUUCUCCUGUCAAUGGAGCCAAAAGCGAAUUUGCCUUUCUCUUGGCUAAAGUGUUUAACUACAAGCCUGUCCAAAUCCCGCGUGGUUGCAGGAUACCCGUAAAGUCAAGGCUUCAUGACUUCAAAUCACACAGCAUGGUGGCCAGUGGCCAGUCAGUGGUACCCUCUCCUGGUCUUGGCUUCCUCAGCAUCAUUGCAGAAUCCCCUCCAGGCCAGGACUUCCUGCCUGAACUAUAUGAUGUGCAAGACCUAUGGCAAGAUGUCUAUGAAGAGUACAUGCCCAUUUACACACAGAAUUUGCUUGAAAAGCAACAUCAGAAUGUAUCUCAGUGUGAGGUAUUGUCUGCACAGCAUGUGUCAGACCUGCAGGCUCUCCAAGGAAGUCUCCAGGAAACAGAGGCCUCCAAUAAGAUGCUUCAGGAGAGUUUGCACCAAGUGACUGCAGAGUUAAACUCUGCACGGGAACUAUCUUGCAAUCAAGAACGCAUUAUUCAAAGCCUGAGGGAAACUCUGCAGAGCAGAGACAGUGAGGUUGCAGAUUUGUACCAUAUAGUAGAAGGACACAAUGAUACCAUAGUGAAACUACAAAAUAUGCUACAGAAAAGCCAAACUGAACAGUUACAGGCUUCCCAAAUGACCCCGUCCCAACAGCAGCUGCAGCUGUUGGAUCUUCAGAACACUUUGUUCUGUACACAGAGGGAACUGCAGAAGCAACAGAGGACCCUUCGACAGAAGGAACGUCAACUGACAGACUUGAAGCAAUCACAGGGAUUGCUGGAAACUGAUUUGCUUGAAGGACAGCAGCAAAAGGAGACUACUUGGAAGCACAACCAGGAGCUGCAUGGAGUACUGCACAAGCUACAGACUGAACUACAGGAGAAAAGUCAGCUUCUUCAGAACACUGAAGAGGAGAAAUGCACCAAGUUGCAUGCCCAGGGGAACUGUAUCCAGCAGCUCCAACAAACCUUGGCUCAGAAGGAGCAACUGCUGCAGGAGUAUGUGGACCUUUUGAAAUACCAACAGAGCCUAGGAAAACACCCAGUUGGCAGCGAGCACAUGCUGGACAAAUUACGCCAGAGAAUUAAAGACAGAGAUGAAGCUUUAGAGCAUGCGGUGGAUGAUAAAUUUGGUGCACUGGAAGAGAAAGAAAAGGAGAUCCAGCAGCUAAAGAUGAUAAUACGAGAAAAACAGCGUGACUUGGAACGACUGCAAAGUGUCCUUUCUGGCAAUGAGGAAACCAUAAAUAGCCUGGAUAACCUCAUGAAGUCCAAAGAUGUGGAGCUGGAACACAUUUCAGCAGCUUAUAAGAACUUAGAAUGGCUGAAACAGUCAAUGGAAGAGAAAAACCAACGUUCGCUGAAGGAGAGAGAAUCAAUUAUCCAGCAAUUGCAGCAAGCUCUGCAAGAGCGGAGCAAAGAAAUUCAGGAGAUGACAACAGCUUUCCUCCAGAAGUCGGAGAUUGGCAGUUUUGAGCUGAUACAAGAGCUACAGGCCUGCUUGGAGUUUAAAGAGAAAAUGCUGCAAGAGGCUUUUCAUGAUAGAAGCCAACAGGCCGAUGAACACAUGAGAGAGAUGGAGGAACUUCUUACCAGUCAGUUAGAGAAAUACAAGCCACUUUCUGAAUAUCCAGUUGCAGUAUGUGUGACUUCUUUGUCUGCAGAGCUCAAAGCUCCAGCAGAUGCACAGAGUAACCAAACUGAAAUGUUGGAGAGUGAACUUGCCAAAGCCAAAGAUGAUCUGCAACUUGUUCUGAGAAAGGAAAGAGAAAAUCAGAUUGAAGUGUCAGCUCUGCAGUCUAUGAUAAGAGAGCAAAGUGAGCAGCUGCAGGAGCAAGCAGCAGACAUGGAUGCUUUGAGCAGGAACAUUCAGAUAAAAGAAGAUUUAAUCAAGGAUCUGCAGAUGCAAUUGGUUGACCCAGAGGAGGUCCCUACAGUGGACCGCCUUACCCAGCAGGUCCUAAGCCUAAAGGAGAAGCUGGCUGCAUCAGGUGUGCCCGAACAAGAACAUGGCAUAGGUCAUUACCAGAAGUUAUCAAAGCUAUUGGAGGAGCUUGUUGCUGACAGAGGCAGGCUGAAUGAUGCAUUACAUGCAGAGAAGCAGCUUUACAGCAGCCUGGUACAGUUCCACUCUGAUCCUGACAGCAUAAAACGCACCUCAGCACUCCAGGAAGAACUGCUUACUGCACAGAAACUGACGUGCCAACUGGAAGAUGCCCUAGAAAGGGCGACCGAUCGCCUUUCACAGCUGGAUUCGGAGAGGGGGCUGACGGCCAUCACCUUUGGAGGUCUGAAAGAAGAUAAUGAAUUGGAUGAAGAUUCCAGCUCACAGUUCAGUGAUAGUAUUGAAGAUGAAAUCGAUGAUCAGAGUUCUGGGCAGGGGACUGUACCACAAGUAACUGUAGAUGCUAUGGAAUCAGUCCCACAUGUUACAGCUCAGGACAAAAACCUGCAAAAUGAGCUUGUCAGUGUAAGAAGUAAACUCCAACAAGUGAUGGAAGUAAAGGCUAAAACGGAAGAGGAGCUUAAAGUUCUGAAGUCCAGACUGGAAGAGGCAGGAAUAUCUGAUGCAGCAGAUAUCAGAAAUGUGCUACAGAUUUUGUGUCAAAAAAGGAAUGAAUGGAAUGUGGAGAUGGAAAGUGAAAAGUUAGGACAAUGGGAGGAUGAAACGAUGGAGGAAGGGGACUCCCCAGUAGAAGAGGGCCUAAGGGUGGAGCUAAGAAGGCUACAAGGAAAGAUGAGGCAGGCCGAGACUGUGAUAAAGCACUUGAAGGAACAGUUGGCACUGAACUCAAAGGAUGGCAUGGAGACAUUUAACCCAGACCUCAUUGUCAGUAUGGCAGUGGAAAUUGAACGCCUAAAGAUGGAGAAGGCUUCAGCCACUACGAAACGUUCUGCAGUGGUAACUGAGCAGCCCAAGGAGGAAACUUUAAAGAGGCAUUGCAACUGGCAGUCGUCAGGGGACACUGGAGAACCUGAAAAAUCUGGCACAAAACAGAAGGCCCAUGUUUCACAAGAGGAACCGGACAGUGUCUGGCAGGAUACAGGAGCCAAUCUGGAAGACCAGACUAUGCAGUUGCGUUCUGAACUUGCACAAAGUAUGCGUCAAAACCAGGAGCUACAGGAUAAACUAGUGAUGAAAGAAGCCACUGUGCAUGAACAGACUGAUCAGCUGAAUCAAUACAGAGGUCUACUCAAUGAACCAUUGGUAGAACGAGAUAGCAAACAAGUGCAAGUUGGCUUCCAGGAUCUGGGCUAUGAGACAUGUGGAAGAAGUGAGAAUGAGGUUGAUCGGGAAGAAAGCACCAGCCCAGAAUAUGAAGAGCAUGAAGAUAUGUUUAGUGAAAACAGCCUUAUGGAGGAGCAGAGUUCUGCAUAUAAAGGCUGGUCACCCUUAGUAACUAGCACACCUUUGAAAAACAAUGGAUGUGUUCAAAAUGACUGGACAUUAGAUUGGGAGAAAUCAGAGGAUGUCACAGUCCUUCAGCAACAUGUCAAGAACCUAAAAGUACAGCUACAGAAGGCGCAGAAGGUAAUCAGUAACCUACAAAGCCGAGCCCGCUCCUUCUCCGCUUCUAGCGACUAUGCUAACCACCAUCGUUUGAAGCACAGCGUCUCUUUCCAUGGCUCCACGUCACACAGCAUCACUGAUGAAGAUGAAGGCUGGCAGUCAGACACAGUUGGUGUUAACGCCACCAAAGACUUAGAGCAGCUUGUCCAAAGGGUGUCUAUGCUGGAAGCUCAGCUCCAUCAGUCACAUAGAGAUGUUAGAGCUCAAGAUCAGAUGAAAUCUGCAACUUGGCCUGGGAAAUAUGACUCCCUAAUUCAGGCUCAGGCUAGAGAGUUGUCACUCCUAAGGCAGAAACUGCGAGAAGGCAGGAGUGUCUGCCAUAUUCUCACUCAACAUCUAGGGGACACCAUUAAAUCCUUUGAGGAGCUUCUUCGUGCCAACGAUAUAGACUAUUACAUGGGCCAGGGCUUCCGUGAACAGUUGACUCAAGGGAACCAGCUAGCAGAGAGGCUGAACAAUAAACUCAACAGCAAAGAACGUUCAGAUGUGGAUGAUAAAUCUAGACAUGAGCUGCUGGCUAUCAGACUUAGCAAAGAGCUUCAACAAAAGGACAAAAUCAUAGAGUCUCUCCAGUCUAAGCUUGAAGGCCGUUCCAUGACUCCAUCCAGCAGCCAUGCUAUUUCUGAGUCUGAUCAGUCUGACAGGACCUCUUUUGUGUCUGAUGACCAGCUUUCCAACAACGAUGACUUAGAUGGCUGCUCAGAGGUGGCCACAGCCAGUGACUAUAUCAGGAGCCCCCAUGUUGCAGAUGCCAUUCAUAUCGAUAACGUGGCUUCUCAGCCCACCAAACCAUCACUUUCCACUUCUCAUGAAGUUCAGCAACAGCGCAAGCUCCAUGCUAAUUCAGCACAGGCUCAGUCUACAGAAACUCUGCAAGGGCAUUUUAACCUUCCACCUAGCUCAGUUAAUGCGAUGAGUGCUGCUCUCCCACCCAAUCCACCUUUCCCACCUUUUGGUGUUCAUCCUCCCAUGAUCAGUGGCCCACCAGUCUUUUCUCUGGCAGAAGUACAGCAAGAACUCCACACACUGCAAAAGCAGCUGGCAGAAAGCAUGCCUAUGGCAUCAUCCUCUAUGAAACCAGCCCAAGCUGCUACUAGUUUUUUUGACACAACUGCCUCCUCCGUGUUUCCAUCUUAUUUUCCCCAACCUUUGCAUGACCUGCCCAGUACAGCAGCCCCACAGAAUGCUCCGGAUCUCAGGACAGCAGAGCCAGGAUUCUCGAACAGCAGUGGUUUGUGGGACAUGCAACAUUUGGUCAGACCUGUCAAUGGAAAUGUCCAUGGAGAUGCUUCUUCUGGAUCUUCUGGGUACCAGUCCGCUAGCAAACUCACAGGCUCAGACCUUUUGGAGGAACAUCUUGCUGAGAUCCGAAACCUCCGCCAACGCCUGGAGCAAUCCAUCCACAUGAACGACCGUCUGAGGGCACAGCUAGAAGACAAGCUCACAGCUGCUACAAAAGGUGCCCCAACUAACAUUUACAUCCAAGGUUUGGAGUCACUUCCUCAGCUAUCCAAUGAGAACAGAGCACUCAGGGAAGAGAACCUCAGCUUACAAGUCCGUAUCAAUCAGAUCUCCAGAGACUACUUUAAAGAGCUGGAGAAUUUGCAGGAAUUGUUAAGCUCUUCAAGGGCACAACUAAAGAACGCUGAAACGGAUCUAGAGCAGAAGACACAGGAAAGCAAAAAGCUUCAAGAGGAAUUGGAUCAGAAGCAACAGGAGAUUCUCAAUCUUCAGACGGAACGACAAUCAAAUCAAGAGAAGUGUAACAGAUUACAACACCAAGCCACUUUACUGGAGCAGCAAUUGAAUGAAAACUGUCAACUGGUCAACAGCUUGCAAUCUGAGCUUCAGGUGUAUGAGAGGCUGCUCGGUUCUUCCAAGCUAGUACUGUCAGGUACAGCUUUCAGUGGUGAAACAUAUCACAGCCUCCCAGCCAACUAUGACUUUAGCGAGCUUCUCUCAGAAGUACGGAGUCUCAGGUCCCAGAUGGAGAAGAGCAUUCAAAUCAACACCACUAUACGGCAUCACUUAGAGAAACAGCUAGAGGGAAGCUUUGGGGCAAUUGAGAUGCGGCCAUCUUCCAUCAGUAUCUUCCCUCUUUGUGAGCACAAUGCCACGAAGCAGCUUUUCCAAGAUCCGAUCCCUUCUCCUCCUGUGCGAGACGUUGGCAUGCACUCCCCGUCUACCUUCUUCCCUUCAAGUUCUUUCCUAAAUGCUUCCCAUACUACACCAGUCCCAGAUCUCUCCCUUCUCAACAAGACACAAGAGACAAGUUGCAAUGCUGCAUCAGUGGAGAGUAAGUCCCAAAAGCUCGAAGGCGAUGCACCCGAUGGAUCCUUUGCCAACAAAAAUGGACGUCAUGUCAUUGGUCACAUUGAUGAUUUCGCUGCCUUGAAACAACAAAUACUGGAAGGAAAGAUGCUCAUUCAGAAGAUGGAGACAAUCAUGCAGUCGUCUCUAAACAUAACCUUCUUGGAAAUUCAUGGGAUUAAGGCACUGGAUUAUGGAAGCAUCAAGAGACUUUUCUCUACUACCAGCACCUUACACCAAAUCCUUAAAGAGUCCUCUUCCCUGUUGGGCAUGUUCUGGAGAGCAGCUCUUCCCAAUACACAAAGUGCCACACAGCAAAAGAAAGAGGAGCAGGCUAUGAAAGAAGAAAUUUGCCAGCUGAAAAACAAGUUAAAGGAGCAGGAGGUGGCAUUACAGGAGGCUCUGGAGCAUCUGAAAAGCACAAAUCGGGCAAAGGAAAGCAUGGAGCACUUCAUUGUCAGCCAACUUACCAGAACACAUGAUGUGCUGAAGAAGGCAAAGUCAAAUUUAGAGCCUGUUCAGAAGAAUAGUCUCAAGGUUUCUUCUGGAAAGCCUCUUGGCAAAGGUUCGGUGCAGCAGAGAUCAGCAAAGUUACAAAGCCAUCUAAUGGACGUCUUCCAAGAACCGCCUCGAAAGAAACCUCAGCUGAAAUCCAUAAAGUGCCCGGAUCACUGGGCUUGCCACAGAUUGAUCCAAGCUACUCAGUAACAAUGCAACCUUCCAAAGAUGAAGGUUACACCCUGGGUGCUGGUUGGAUGAAAAGAAAAAUGUAUCUAUUGCCAGAACACAAAAAGGCCCAUAGUCCAUAUGAACUUUUCACUGUUACACUUGUUUAAAUGAACAUUCUUGACAUUGCAAUAAUAUUUUUGUUCAAGCAGGAUUGCAUUGAAUAUUGUUCCCCAUAAACAUGAACGGUAGCAUUGGUUUCCAAAACAUGGGACUGACUAGCUCCCAUAGAUUCCCAAUGCUGUGGAAAGGGAGGCCCAUCAUGAAGGAUGAAUUGCUUUAUGGAUUGUAAUUCCGUGAACUAUAGCAUGGUAACAGUUAUGGUCAUGUAUCAGUAUAUCCGCAAUCAUGUAAUGAAUAAAUGGGGUCUUACCAAAUUUUAUACCAAAAAGGAGGCCAAAUACAAGACGUUUAUAGACGUCUGGAUCGAGGUGUUCUCUAUCAACGAGCAGCCAGGUAGAUUUUUCUCUAUCAGCCAGCAGCCAGGCUCUGCUUUUUACAUAUUUUGCUGUGAUUGAGUAGAUGCUCUGUUUUUACAACCUUCGCACUACAACUGCCAUAAUUUCAACCUUAUAUAAACAAAAUAUGAUGGAGGUUACAAGAUAAACAAAUUGGUAGUUUAUUAUCAGCUGAAAAUCAAAAUGAACUAUACAUGGAUAUCAGAACUGUUAGUAUUUAUAACUACCACUGUCUGGAAAAAAAUGAUCAGAAUGGUCCUUCCUUUUAACCGUGUGAUCUGGUCUUCCAGUACAAUCAUGAGAAAAUCCAAAUGAAAAUAUUUUGUUGCAAUAUGACAGAGAAAUUAGCAUUUGAAGAAUCUUCCACACUUGUAUCUAAAUAUCCAUGAAGACUAGUUGGAUUAUAUGAAGAAUGACAAAACAAGUAGAUAUGAUGGACUCAUGGUGGCUUUAAAAAUCUUUUUUAUCCUUCAUAUUUGUGAGAAUUUGGGUACUCAAAAUAACACCAACAAUGACCGUCCUGACCACCUGACCUGCAUCAAUUAAGGUGGCACUUGCAAAACUCCAGUGCAAGUGAGGAAGAGGAAGAAUUGAUGGUUACUGGGUAGCAGGAAUGGGCGUACAGUACACAGAUAACUAUUGUCUUCAUUUAAAGUAUUAUGGCCUGCAGAACUUUUAUUCAUCGAAACAAUGCAAACAAGUACCUGUAGAGAGCCAAGGAACAUUUGCAUAUAUUUCUUCUGGAAAUCCAACUAUCCAGUAGCUGAUGUGAUUAAAACACUGGACGCAUGAGACUGGCACCAAUUUACCAGCACAAAGCAAGUUUAGGAAGCCUACUGAAGUGGAUUCCUGCAAAUGUUAGUGAAUAUGAAGAGUUUGACAGUACAUGUCAUGUAGAGUCAACAUGGGAUUUAGCAAUGUCUUUCUAACGUAAGGUCACCUGGGUUGUUUAUUUAUUGUUGUCUCUGUGCAGAAAAUCUAGAACCCGAAAAAGAUUAUGUACUAGGGAGUCAAGAUUUGUUUGGCCUAGUUAAUGAGCUGAAGACCAGCAGUAUUUUUUAAGGAAUGCAGCAGCUAGCUCUUGGCUUGCCAGUGCCAUUUUAUAAGGUCCUACUACUGACCUACAAAAGCUUGAGCUAUUUUAUAAAUAAAACUUCAGUAUUUCUAAAACAACAGGAAUAGCCAAACCGGUGGCUCUUCAGUGGGAGUUGACCGAUCUUGAAAGCCACAAGGUGACAAUCAACGAUGGACACAUCUAAGAAACGUUCAAUUAAAUUACCUUUGAUGUUACGGCUGAAAGCCUUACAUCGUUCUAUUAUGUAUAUUAAUAUAUACCUCCUUUCCUUUAAACAGAUGCACUUGUAAAUUACCUGCCUUUUUAUUUUGCUUGUGGUGUUAGUUGGGUUUUGUUCUUGCUAUUAAGUUAUAUAUGACAGCCCUGCAGUUGGAGACAGGAUGGGUCAGCUGCUAAUGCUAAUGUAUACAGUUAGAUGGUGUGCCAUAUUUUAUUUGCGCAGUGUACAGUAUAUUUUAUAAGUAGAUUUAGGUUUAUUUAUGGAGACGUAAAAUUUUGGGAAAAUACAUUAUUGGCUGUUUACCUUUAUUAGAAAUUUGUUUUUAUGAGUUUGUCACAGCAUUGCAUAAACAAAGGGCCUCCUCUGUAUUGGAAAUGGACAGUAUUGUGGAUGCCAGGAAACAAUGUGGUGCUAGAUUAUUCUUUGUUCAGUAGCUUAAAAUAUAUCUAGGUAUAUUUCUACAGUAAAGUUCCUUAUAUUGGUGGAGUUAGUAUCCAGGCUUGCAUUAGGCAUCAUUAAGAUGGUGGAUUAACUAGCUAAUGUUGGAUGUCCUUAGAGCUCUAACUCUAACUCUGGUGGCUUCAAGUAUGUUUGCUGGGGUAAAAGAUAUGGCUCAGCUGUAAUGCCCCAGAUCCAAAAACAUGGUUUCUCUCAUGUGCACUUGUGGGAUAUCAUUAUGCUAAUGGAAAAUGCAGGACACAACAUUUUUUUCCAUGCCUCAAAUUUAAUGGGAGUCAUGUGAAAAUCCUGGCAUGACCUAUUAACACCUAAAAAUGCGAUUAGGGGAAUUAUUUAAUGACUUGAGCAAUUAAGCCCAUGGCAUACCAGCAAGAGCCUCAUUCCCAACUCACCCAUUUAAUCUUUAAUCAGUAAGGUUUGUGUUGAUGUAAAAAUACACCUAGAUAUAUAUGUUUGCUACUGAACCUUUAGCACCAUUUUUAUUUUUUUGGGGGGGGUGGGGAUUUUAGUAAGUCUGCCCAGUGGUGUAUGUACAUUAUGUGUAUAUCUGUAAAUAAAUGGUGUGGAAGUGAUGUGUAUAGCUCUGACAAUACCUAGUAGUUUUAUUAUGUUAUGAUGCAAGCGCCUGCCUCCCAUACGCUUUGGGAAGAUUAUUGAAAAUGAAAACGAAAAAAAAAAAAUGGCAAAGACAAAAAUAUGAACAUAGGUUUUUCCUUUAUGGUGGAUCUAUAAUAAAAAGAAAAAUAAACAAA